CAGUGUCAGCUGGGAAAACUGGCAAGAUGCGGUUUUUAUCGAUAUACUUAGUUGUAUGCGCACUUCUCAUCCCAACUAUAUUGGCUGGAUAUCACUGGGAAUUAGAAGAGGAAUGGGGGCUUGUUAAAUUGGACAGGAUCCGGCGAGAAACUGAUCCCAAUCCAGAAACAAACACUCCAUUGAGCACUACGGUUUCAGAAACGACUAAUUCGGUUUCAACAACGAUUGGUCCGAGUCCAGACCCGAAUGAUCUAGAUACAGGAUCUAAUUCAACUAGUUCAGACUCAGCCUCAGGUUCAGAUGAUUCGGAUGGAACCAACUCCGUAACUAACACAGGUACAGGUGCAACAAAUUCUGGCGGCUCACGUCGGGUGAGGAUCAGAUUCGGAAACAUAAGUCUCCAAAAUCUGCGUUUUCGAAGAGGAGACAGUAGAAGAAGAAACGCGCGCAAUCGUCGGGCACGAUCUGGCAGGCGUCCUGCCCGAAGAAGGGGCCGCAGGCCAGCACGUAGAAUGCGCCGUAGGCCAGUACGUCGUCGGAACGGAAGAAGGCGUGGCGGCAGACGAGGUUCUCGUCGUGCUCCAUCAAGGCGUAGAAGGAUGAGAAGAGGAUAACAAUUUAUAAAUUUUAUGUAAGAUUAGGGUGGUCAAGUAAUAAUCUACAUUGGAAACUAAAAAAAACUUAGAUUGAAGAUAUUUUAUUAUAAAAUAUUUUAGAAAUAGAGUCAACAAUAAAGGCUUCUUCAUUUGA